UAAUAGGGCUCUUUUUCAACUGACCUUUGUGCAAACUCUGGGGUUCUUUGUGUGUUCGUCUUUACCAAAUGCAGGUUCUCUAGCCGCGAUGCGGUUCGUCACAGCUGUGGAUUUAACAGAGCCUCGGUUUGUGGAGUCUGUCUCCAGAGAACUGUGGUUGCGCAUUUGGUCUCGGGAUGAAGACAUCACCCAGCCAGAGAGCAUUUUGGCAGCUGCAGUGAAAGCGGGCUUACCUGAAGGUCAAGCCCAAAAGCUUCUGGAAAUGAGUACCUCACCUGAUGUAAAGGAUCGCUUGAAAGCAGCAACAGAAGAAGUAUUAAAAUAUGGGGCAUUUGGGUUGCCAUGUUCGGUGAUCUAUGUUGACGACAAGCCCCAGCUUCUCUUUGGUUCCGAUCGCUUAGAACUGCUGGCACACCUCUUGGGUGAGUGUUCUUAA